AUCAAUCCUAUUUGUGCUUUACUAUUUUUCAAGACAAACGAUCAAAUAAAUUUGAAUUUAUGUUAAAAUAUGAACUCAUGUUGAACACUGUUGGACGAAUGAACUUAGUCCAGAAUAAUUCAAGUAGUAUUAGUAUGAACACAAUCCAUACACAGGCAUAAAAAUAACGAAAUAACACCUGAACUGCUUUCUAAGCGCUAUAAAUGCUGAUAAACACAGAUAAGAUUCGCUAGUUGUUUUGCUCAAUAAAUUAGAAUAGUAUAGCUUCUGCAUCCUCCGAAGCAAACGUUACAAUGAGUGAACUGCCAACUACAUCGUUGAUGAAUCAAGUUCAGCAACACGAUCGUGAUCAUGGAGUCCAAGAGGUUCGCAUAUCAGUUCCAUAUGGUGAAAUCGCCGGAAAAUGGUGGGGACCGCAGAAUAUACGACCAAUUUUGUGUCUUCAUGGUUGGCAGGACAACGCCGGGACCUUUGACACGCUGAUACCGUUGUUGCCGAAAAAUGUGAGCUUCCUUGCGAUCGACUUUCCCGGACACGGCUAUUCGUCACGCAUCCCUAAUGGUUUAUCAUAUCAAGGAAUAAACUCUCUCAAUUUGCUGAUUGCCAUCAUGAACGAGUACGGGUGGAAAAAAUUGUCGUUCUUAAGCCAUUCCAUGGGUGCAGUACUGCAAUACAUCUUCGCGGCUGUAUUUCCAGAUAAAGUGGAUCUUAUGAUUUCCCUAGAUUCUCUGAAACCGCAAGUUGCCUCGCCGGAAAACAUAAUCAAUCGAUUGAGCACCUCUAUUCCACAGCAAAUGAUAGCGGAUGCUCGCAACCAACAAAUGUCCGAGCCUCCGUCUUAUACCUAUGAUGAAAUGGUGAAUAGGCUCCAUGAAGCGACUUACAAAUCGAUCAGUCGGGAAACAUGUCCAUAUUUACUACAUCGUAAUAUCAAAAAGAGCUUGAAAUAUCCGGAGAAAUACUACUUUACGCGUGACUCUCGGCUGAAGUACUCAAUGGGGAUGCAUUUUUCCAACGAGGUCACUGUGGAUCUAGCAAAACAGAUCAAAAUGCCAUUUUUGUUCAUCAAAGCCAAACAGUCGCCAUAUUUUGAAGAUAAGAAGUACUACGAACAGAUCAUAGAAUUGCUAAAGACGAACAAUCCCUACUUCGAGCACCGUUUGGUGGAGGGAACGCAUCACGUGCAUUUGUCGAACCCAGAACGCGUAGCCCCUAUGAUAACGGCAUUCCUGAGUAAAUACUGGAGUAAGGAUGAAGACGUAGUCAGUAAACUAUAAGUCAUGAAACUACUUAUUGCACUUAUGGGGCUUUUUCGUAUGGUUGUGGGUUAUUUCACUGCCUGAUAAUGGGAAUGUACACUUUUAACAUGGUAAUAUGAUAUUGUGGAAUAAAAAACGAACGAAAAAUAUGGUACAAUA